AUGCACGAUCAGUAUUCGAUAACCCAAUGCACGAGCAGAGGGCGUGUGAGUGCUGGCAGGAUGGGAAGGAGAAGGAGUUUUCCUGCCUGGCAGCAGCAUGGGAGGCAGGAGGCAGAACUGCAAACGCAGCUGUGUCAGAGAAAAGAUACGCCUGCGACUGGUGCAUGGUGUAUGGGGGGAAGGACCGGUCGAACCGAGGAGCUGGAGCUAUAUCAACAGCAGCAGCAGCAGCAGCAGCAGCAGCAGCAGCAGCAGCAGCAGCAGCAGCAGCAGCAGCAGCAGCAGCAGCAGCACAGCAGCAGCAGCAGCAGCAAGCAGCAGCAAGCAGCAGCAGCAGCAGCAGCAGCAGCAGCAGCAGCAGCAGCAGGAGCAGCAGCAGGAGCAGCUGCAACAGGAGCAGCAGCAGGAGCAGCUGCAGCAGGAGCAGCAGCAGCAGCUGCUGUUGCUUCAGUUGCUGCAUCACCCCUGCUGCUCCCCUCCCCUCCAAACCACGUGCUCUUGGAAACUGCCGGAAAUCAUCGAUGGGAAGUGCUGAACCCCCUGAGGGGAAUACGCCGGGCGUUCCUCGUUAUCCCCUCGAGGCGAGCCCGAGAGUCCCGCCUCUCCCUCUUCCUCUUCUGCCCCCUGACCCGUCUGAGCCCCGGUGCUCCUCAAAACUGUCAGCACGCAUCUGCGGGGAGUGAUGCAACCUCGAGACCGAAUCUUCGCCACACGGCAACUUUUGUCCCCGUUUUCGUCGCAUCUGCGGGGAGUGAGGCAACCUCCGUGGGGAACACAUCUGGUUUUCUCCUCGUCGUGCUCGUGCUCUUGAGGCGAGCCCAAGAGUCCGCCUCUCCCUCCUCCUACUCCGUCCUUUGCUGCGUCUCCAGCCCAACGCUCUUCAGAACCGUGAGCACGCGUCAGCUGUGGGGGAGACAUCUGGUGUUGCUGGUCGUAUCCGCCAGCGCUCUCCAGAACUGCUGGGAGGACUCAGCUGUGGGGAGACAUCUGGUGUUGCUGGUCGUAUCCCCCAGCGGGGAGCAGCUGACCACCCCCUCCAUCCCCCUUCACCUCCUCCUCCUCUUGCCGCAUCUCCACCCCAGCGCUCUCCAAAGCUGCGAUGAAGCGUCAGCUGUGGGGGAGACAUCUGCUGUUGCUGGUAGUCAUCUUGAGUAA